AUGAACACCCUUUCCCCCCAUUUGCUCAUACCGACGGCUAUUAAUAUCAGAACAUCACGCGCCGCCUUGCCGUCCCCUCCAUGCUCCUUUUCUCCAUCCUUUUUACGUGCCGCCUCACCGUCUGUUCUAUGCAUCACCUCGUCAGAAGACGCACAGUCAAUCGAAAACCAAACUCUAGAGGUCCUAGAAUGGCGCGCCCUCUGCAAUCAGCUGUCUCCUUUCGCCUCCACAUCAAUGGGCCUCUCCGCCACCAAAACCGCCGAUAUUCCGGUGGGAAACUCGCUGGAAGAGAGCAGAAACCUUCUUGACGAGACGGCGGCUGCUUUGGCGGCCAUGGAGGUAAUGGAAUCGCGGCGAUUGGGUCUCUCUGAGAUCCUUGACUUGUCUGAUAUCGUAGAGCGUGCUACGGCGGGUCAAUAUCUUACCGUUAGAGAGCUCUGCGCCGUUCGAAGCACGUUAAUGGCGGCUUCAUCAGUGUUUGAGAAACUACAAAGAGCAGCUAAUAGUGAUAAGCGGGUUACCCCACUUGUAGAUAUACUUGAGGGGUGUGAUUUCAAGAAUACACUGGUGCAAAAGAUUGGUUUUUGUAUCGACUGCAACAUGUCUACGAUUCUUGACAGAGCCAGUGAAGAUCUAGAGAUCAUAAGAUCUGAACGGAAGAGAAACAUGGAGACUUUGGAUUCUCUUCUGAAGGAAGUCUCAAUUAGGAUAUUUCAAGCUGGGGGAAUCGACAAGCCCUUGAUAACACAGCGCAGGUCAAGGAUGUGCGUAGCUGUUAGAGCUACACACAAAAGUUUACUUCCAGGUGGUGUUGUUCUAAGUGUUAGUAGCUCAAGGGUAACAUGCUUUAUGGAACCGAAAGAGGCAGUAGAGCUUAAUAACAUGGAAGUGAGGCAUGCAAACUCCGAGAAAGCCGAGGAAAUGGCGAUUUUGAGCAUUUUAACAUCUGAAGUCUCCACUGGGCAGAGAGGGAUAUUGCAUUUGUUGAAUAAAAUAUUGGAACUUGACAUUGCUUUUGCAAGAGCAUCACAUGCAAAAUGGAUGAAUGGUGUCUAUCCCAAAUUAACUUCAGAACACUCUAACACACUAAACUUGAAUGGAGACUGUAAAUCUUUAGCUUUAGACAUUGAUUCUGCGCAGCAUCCGCUACUUCUUGGAUCCGUAUUAGGUAACCUCAAUGGUGGAAACACUUUCCCUGUGCCAAUAGACAUUAAGGUUGAGAGCAGAAGCAAAGUAGUUAUCAUCUCGGGUCCAAACACAGGAGGGAAGACCGCUUUAUUAAAGACAUUGGGAUUAAUCUCUCUUAUGUCGAAGUCAGGGAUGUAUUUACCUGCUAAGAAUUGCCCGAGGUUGCCUUGGUUUGAUCUUAUUCUGGCUGACAUCGGGGAUCCCCAGUCUUUAGAGCAAAGUCUCUCAACCUUCAGCGGCCACAUAUCAAGGAUACGUCAGAUACUUGACAUUGCUUCAGAAAAUUCGCUUGUCCUACUAGACGAAAUCUGUAGUGGAACUGAUCCAUCAGAAGGGGUUGCACUUGCUACUGGUAUCCUACAAUAUAUUAAAAACCGUGUCAAUGUGGCUGUUGUAUCCACACACUAUGGUGACUUAAAUAGCUUGAAGGAUAACGAGACUCAAUUCCAAAAUGCUGCAAUGGAGUUCUCAAUGGAAACUUUGCAGCCUACGUUUCGAGUACUAUGGGGAAGUACUGGUGAAUCAAAUGCAUUGAGAGUAGCUAAGUCAAUUGGUUUCAAUGGAAGAAUAUUAGAGCAUGCACAUAAAUGGACAGAGAAAUUAAUGCCAGAGAAGGAAGUAGAGCGAAAAGGCUCGCUCUUUCAGUCCCUUAUAGAAGAAAGGAAUACGCUAAAUCUUCAGGCAACCAAGACCGCAGCUUUUCACAGGGACGUAAUGAACCUUUACCACGAGCUUGAGCACGAGUCGCAUGAUCUUGAGAAACGUGAGAAGGCUCUUCUGAAGAAAGUUUCUCAAAAGGUACAAGAAGAUCUAAACUCUGCUAAGUCAAAGAUGCAGAAACUGGUGGCUGAAUUCGAAAGUCAAUUAGAAAUUGCUCAGGCCGAUCAAUACAAUUCUUUAAUUCUGAAAACCGAAGAGGCAGUUGCAGAGAUUAUUAAAGCUUGCUGUCCUAACGAUCUUGUAUCAACGGGAGAACCGUAUAGCGACUACAUGCCACAAGCAGGUGAAAAGGUUCUUGUGACUGGACUGGGGGGUAAGUUAGGUACCGUGGUUGAAGAACCUGGAGAUGAUGACACAGUUCUAGUCCAGCACGGUAAGAUAAGGGUACGCAUAAAGAGAAAGGACGUAAAGCCCCUUCCUCGUAAUAGAACUAGUGAAACACCUAACCGUUCUCUACGUUCAAAGAGACAGAUAAACAUGAAAGAGCUAGGCAGUGUGUUACAGAUGCAGAGCGAACCAGUGCGGAUUCAAACGUCAAAGAACACAUUGGAUCUAAGAGGAAUGCGAGCGGAAGAAGCAAUUCACCAGCUAGACAUGGCCAUCUCGGGAAGAGACUCGGGUUCGAUCCUCUUUAUCGUUCACGGAAUGGGGGCAGGCGUUAUAAAGGAGCUUGUGCUUGGGAGGUUAAGCAAGCACACUCGUGUCUCAAGGUAUGAGCAGGCAAAUCCUAUGAACCAUGGAUGUACAGUUGCUUACAUUAAAUAACCAAUUUCUUAAACACAUUCUUCUCUCUAAAAUCUUCUUGGAAAAUGUGUUGUUAUGGUCCAACAGCUAGUUUUCGUUGUGAAUUAACGUCCAAGUGUACACGAUUUUAUCUAAAGUAUAUGUAUUGAUGUUGUU